CAUGUCUAUGGUGUUAUUGUGGUAACUUGUGAAAACCGUUGCUGGGCCGCGGCUGUCACAGAAAGAGGCAAGCGUAGUUACCUUAGUCAUGCAGCAACCUCCCCUCUGAAAAUAUUGCAAACAUAUUUUGAAAGGUAACUUGAAUUAGUAUCAGAGACAGGAAUUUGGGUGGAGUGCAGAGUGAGAUGAAAUGACAACGUCAACAUUACAGUAGUUACUAUCUUGUCUCAUCGCUACAACUCCCGUACGACCUUGGGACAGACGAAGGUCGAAAGCCAUGUGUCCUCCGAAACACAACCCAACCAAGCCGCACUGCUUCUUAACACAGCGCGCCUCCAACCCGGAAGCCAGCUGCACCAAUGUGUCGGAGGAAACACCAUGCAUGCACCAGUCGCUAGUGCACGAUGAGACAAGGAUAUCCCUACCGGCCAAGCCCUCCCUAACCCGGACGACGCUAGGCCGAUUGUGCGACGCUCCACGGACCUCCCGGUCGCGCCCGGCUGCGACAGAGCCUGUGCACGAACCCAGAGUCUAUGGUGGCACAGCUAGCGCUGCGAUGCAGUGCCCUAGACCACUGCGCCACCCGGGGGGCCCCUGUAGCCUAACAUUUUAUAGUCUCUACUUACAUAUCACAUCAAAAUAAUGUCACAAAUGCAAAAUAUACACUUAAUGUACACUGUUUUAACCGGUUUUAACUUAGUUCUAGCCAACAGUAUUUUUCAGUGACAUGUUUUUGCGUCCGUCUUCCAUUUAAACACAGGUGUUCGGAGAUGCAGAAACUAAUUAGCACAGAUAUGCCUCUUAUCUUCCGUCUGUUUUGCGUAAACAAGCGCUGUAACAUGGAAAUACGGCCGUGUGGGAACCCUAACCCUGUAAAGAAAGCGAUAGAUCUUGUUACCAAAGCCACAGAGGAGGAUAAGAACAAGAACUAUGAGGAGGCUUUGCGCCUUUACCAGCAUGCAGUGGAGUACUUCCUGCAUGCUAUCAAGUAUGAUGCACACAGUGACAAGGCAAAGGAGAGCAUACGUGGGAAGUGUAUGCAGUACCUAGACCGGGCAGAGAAACUCAAAGAUUACUUGAAGAACAAAGAAAAAGCAGGGAAGAAGCCUGUCAAGGAAGCACAGAGUAAUGAUAAGAGUGACAGUGACAGCGAGGGUGAAAAUCCAGAGAGAAAGAAACUGCAAGAGCAACUAAUGGGUGCCAUUGUAAUGGAAAAGCCCAAUGUCCGGUGGAACGAUGUGGCUGGACUAGAGGGAGCUAAGGAGGCCUUGAAGGAAGCCGUAAUCCUGCCCAUUAAAUUCCCUCACCUCUUCACAGGCAAACGCACUCCAUGGAGAGGGAUUCUUCUCUUUGGACCCCCUGGGACGGGAAAGUCUUACCUGGCCAAAGCAGUAGCCACAGAAGCCAACAACUCCACCUUCUUCUCUGUGUCAUCAUCAGACCUCAUGUCCAAGUGGCUUGGAGAGAGUGAGAAACUGGUGAAGAACCUGUUUGAUCUUGCCCGCCAGCACAAGCCCUCCAUCAUCUUUAUUGAUGAGGUGGACUCACUCUGUGGCUCCAGGAAUGAGAAUGAGAGUGAGGCAGCCCGGCGGAUCAAGACAGAGUUCCUGGUGCAGAUGCAAGGUGUGGGCAACAACAAUGAUGGAAUCCUUACCCUUGGGGCCACUAACAUUCCCUGGGUUCUGGAUGCUGCCAUCCGCAGAAGGUUUGAGAAGCGUAUCUACAUCCCUCUCCCAGAGGAGCCUGCUAGGUCCCAGAUGUUCCGUCUGCACCUGGGCAACACGCCCCACAGCCUGAGUGACGCAGACCUUCGUCAGCUUGCCAAAAAGACAGGAGGCUACUCUGGGGCUGACAUCAGCAUCAUUGUACGAGAUGCCCUCAUGCAGCCUGUCAGGAAAGUGCAGUCAGCCACACACUUCAAAAAGGUGCGAGGGGCAUCCCGCGCCAACAGUCAAUUGAUGGUGGAUGACCUUCUGACCCCGUGUUCGCCUGGGGACCCGGCUGCCAUAGAGAUGACCUGGAUGGAAGUGCCUAGCGACAAGCUGCUGGAGCCCAUCGUCUGCAUGUCUGACAUGCUGCGGUCCCUGUCCACCACGCGCCCCACAGUCAACACGGAGGACUUGUUCAAGGUCAGGAAGUUCACAGAGGACUUUGGACAGGAGGGUUGAGAGAGCCUUGUCAUCUGGAGCUUAACAACUCCUUACCCUGUGUGGUGGAAAUUAAAUAUUAAUUACAUACUAUACUGUUUAAUUAGACAUACUAUGCUGUUUUACCUAGGGAUUUGUCUAUUGUUAUAUGUUAGUAUUUUUACUGAUACAGACUUGUCUUGUGUGACCUAGUGGGAAGUGCAGGGAGGAACAGAGAGUGGUGGCGAUAUCAGCUAUCUUGAUCUACACAGACGAGCUAAAUUACAUUUUAUAUCUCUGUUCCCCGGGCCUGUUUCUGCACAUCUGCUAAACUGCCACAUAGACAAAAUAGGUUGUACUUUUUCUACGAGAGGAGAGAUACAACUCUGUUCAUUGCACUUUCCUAACGAUGCACUUUUUGAGUGGUUGUUAUUGAUUGCUUCAUUUUGGCUAAUCUUAUAAUGAAGUUGAAGAAUACAUUCUCUCUCCUUUUGGUUAGAAUUACCACCACACCUGCCACUUCUUCUCUCAAGCCCCAUGCAUGAUGGAGCAUUUUAACUUCAUGUACAGUAUAUUCUUUCCCUCCGAUCAUUCACUAUUGCAGUCCUGAAGACAGAAAUACUUUAUUUCUCUGCCAUUUUGCACUUUCUUAAGUUAUUUGAAGUUAUUAAUUAUGAACGAGAGGUAUUGAAGCACUUUUGAACAAUUACAUAUUUCAUUGUUUUCUUGUCUCUCGUGUGUAAGUGCAUACAUGUCUUUUAUUCAAUGUGUCAGUCUUAAUGUAUGUCUUUUAUGUGUAUGAUUUCUCUGUUUGCUUUUUCAUUGAUUGAGUAUUGACUGACCAUAGCUGCUCCAGUGUUGCCACCUCUCCCAAUCCCCAACACUCCAGUGUUGCCACCUCUCCCAAUCCUUUACACUAUUUAUGAUUAUUUAUUUGUAUUAUAUUUCAUCUUGUCAAGAUUUUUGUGCUGACUGACUGAGUACAGUUGUUGAUUGGGGGAGGCGUUUACAUUUGAGUAUUUCUCUGUUGACAUGUGAGUGAAGAUGGGGAUGAGCAUUUUUGUAUUUCUGGAUUUGAACAUUGAAAAUAAUAUUUCCACGACAGACACUAUCAUAUUGUUCCAAUACUGUUGUCAUAAUAGUAUUGCCGUGUCUCUGUAUAGAUGGGGGUAUCGGUUCAGUAAUACUUAAGUCAGUUCUGGUCCCAAGGGGAUCUCACUCCUGUUACAUGUAGCUAUGAUAACCAAGUUACCCUGACUUAAUAAAUCCUGAAUUCAAAAAGAA